GGCGAUCAGACCCACUACUUUGGCGUUCGCGUGUCGACUAAUUUUGGAACUACGUUGCGCAAGGAGUUCCCAAUAUGCGUAAUCGUCACAGUCGACGCAGAGGGCUCAGGGUCCAUGGCCAGACAGCCUCCAGUGAAGAAGUUCGUCGCAGGAUCAACGACGUUAAUAGAAGAGAUGACCUUGGAAAUACGGCGCUCUGGUUUGCUGUCAAGCAUAGAGAUCAAAAGUCGAUAGAAAUUCUACUGCUUGAAAAGGCAGAUCCUAACACACAGAAUAAGGAGGGAGACACUCCGUGUCAUCUUGCAGCUCGAACCAGAGAUUUCGACAUAAUCGAUUUGCUCUACAAGAAUGACGCAGACUUGAGCAUCAGGAACAACGCGGGGCACGACGUCUUGUCGGUUGGUGAGAUGUCCGACAGAACGGCGACUGGAAGGAACGCUGACUUUCUCACUAAACUUCGCUCGCUUGAGAGAAGACAGCGCAAAGACAGACAGUUUGUUGCGGCCUGUGGAAACGAGAGAGUGCCAUCGUGGAUGAGGCUGGCGGGAGAGGAACGCGACUACGGCCGACCUCUUGUGACCAACUUCGCCCUGAUCGAAUCCUAGCCUCUAAACACAUCACAAACUAACUAAACCAUUGGAACGUCCUAGUGUUCUCAUUUAAAGUUUAUGUACUUUAGGUUAUAAUUAGCGUACUACUCAUACAAUAGCUGUAAUAAAUUGUUGCGAGUAUUUUACGAACAUUAAUGUACUAAGUUUAACCAGACGUGGUUUAUUUUAUGUACCCAAAUAAUACGAGUUAUUGUA